AUGGUGGCAAGUUGCAAACAUGAGAUUAUGGUUAAAGAAGUAAAAUGGGAGAAACCUCAUCAACCAUUCCUCAAGCUCAAAACAGAUGGGAGUGCCCUCGACAACCCCGGGAAAAUUGGAGGAGGAGGAAUAGUAAGAGAUCACCAAGGAAAUAUGAUAUAUGCAUUUACUAUUCCUUUAGGUAUUGGUACCAACAACCAAGCGGAAAUUCAAGCAGCUAGCCAUGGUCUAGAUUGGUGCAUUCAACAUGGAUAUAGGAAAAUUCACUUGGAAGUUGAUUGGGAAUUGGUCACUCAUUGGCUUUUGAAUCAAACCAACCCUCCAUGGAAUUUACAGCAAUACAUACUGGAAAUCCACAAUCUAGUACAUCAGCUGGAACAGUUCAAGCUUACUCACAUUUAUAGGGAGGCAAACAACACAGCUGAUCGUCUAUCCAAAUAUAGUCACAACACAGAUAUUAUUCAACACUUUUACAUCAAGAACCAACUUCCUAUUCUUGCAAGAUGA